AGGUACUAUUGUAAGCUCAUAUGCAGCAUUAAAAAAUGAACUUGCUCAAUCUGUGAUGACUACUGUGGAUCUCGACUUGCCCCUUAUAGUGGAAACCGACGCUUCGGAUACUGCUAUAGCUGCUACGUUAACACAAAAUGGUAGACCCGUUGCAUUUUUUUCCAGAACACUAUCACCAAGUGAACGGCAUCACUCAGCGGUGGAGAAAGAAGCUUAUGCCAUCGUCGAAGCUAUUAGAAAAUGGCGUCAUUAUUUACUUGGUACUCAUUUCCAACUCAUUACAGACCAACGAUCAGUUUCUUUCAUGUACGAUAUGAACCACCAUGGGAAAAUAAAGAAUGACAAGAUUCAGCGUUGGCGAAUAGAACUUUCUUGUUACAGUUUUGAUAUAAUCUACCGUUGUGGCAAAGAAAACAAAGUCGCCGAUGCAUUAUCUCGCGGAUAUUCUGCUUCUGUCAUGGGUGAAACUAAUCUGAAAGACCUACAUAACUCUCUGUGCCAUCCAGGAGUUGUUCGCCUUCUUCACUUUGUGCGUUCUAAGAACCUACCUUUUUCUGUUGAUGAUGUGAAGAGGACGAUAUCUAGUUGUGCAGUUUGUGCUGAGCUGAAACCCAGGUUUUGCAAAGUAUCCACAGGAAAUCUUAUUAAAGCGACUUCUCCUUUUGAACGUCUAAAUAUUGAUUUCAAAGGACCUCUUCCUUCAAACUCCCGGAACAAAUAUCUUCUUACGAUAAUUGAUGAGUACUCUAGAUUUCCGUUCGCUUUUCCUUGCCAGGAUAUGACAGCAUCAACUGUUAUUAAUUGCCUGUGCCAGUUGUUUUCCCUGUUUGGUAUGCCAUCCUACAUACAUUCAGACAGAGGAUCGUCGUUUAUGUCUGCAGAAUUAAAACAUUUUCUCCACGAUAAAGGAAUAGUUACCAGUAGAACAACAGCAUACAACCCCCAAUCAAAUGGACAGAUUGAACGUCUCAACGGCACUCUCUGGCGAUGUAUAUCACUAGCUGCUAAAUCUAGGUCCAUACCAAUCUGUGAGUGGGAAGUUGUUCUCCCCGACGCUCUUCAUUCUAUCCGUUCUCUUUUAUGUACUGCCACAAAUACUACUCCACACGAACGGAUGUUCAGGUACAAUCGAAAAUCAACGUCUGGUGUUUCUCUUCCCAGUUGGUUAACUAUUCCUGGACCGGUCUUGAUGCGCCGUAAUGUACGUUCUAAAUAUGAAUCUCCAGUUGAUGAAGUUGAACUGAUUGAAUGUAAUCCCAAGUAUGCUCAUGUGAGACUUCCAGAUGGACGUGAGGAAACAGUAACUAUUCAUCAUCUUGCACCAAAAGAACAUAUAUUUCAAUCGCCCGUUAGCAUGCCGAUUCCAGACGCAGUACCAGAAUGCCUCCAAAAUCAACUUACUGAAGACGACAUAUCGACCCGUUCUACAGAUACUGAAACUCCUAUUUUGACGGACAAUUUAAGUGAAAAUGUCAAAAUUGAUCCGAACCCAUCUUCUUUACUAGAGAAACAACGAAGGGUUCGUCCAUACAAUCUGAGAAGCCGCGAAGUCUAAACAGUUUUAAAAGUCUUGACUCCUUAUGCUCUGUAUUCUCAAACAAAAGGGGAGAAGAAUGUGGUGUGAACAUUUUCAUAAACGUUUAGCAUUUAUAUUAUACACUAUUCACAUCUUUCAUUUUUGUUUAAACCAGAUCCUAUACUGGAAUUAUAAAACGAAUAAAGCCUUUAUUGCGGGCCCUCAGUAUUCUCACUUGAUCGGUGAAUGUUUGAUUAACUCAUAAACACUACACCCUGGCCUGAGAUUCUAAUGACAGGUAAACUGUACAGUUGUAAAGGAAUCACAAACAUAUAACCAAGAACACUGAG